AUGAAUAUCAUACGGCAUAGUUUCAAACUCAAGUCAGUCGAUACUAUUAACAAAGUUUCAUCAAGAUGGUUUAAUCAUACAUCUAUAUUACCAUCUCAAAGGAAAAUGAGUUUAGUUGAUGUCCUAACAAAGCCAGAGAGAAAUGGUCAUGCUUUAGAACAUAGAGAUUGGAUAGGUCAAGGGAGAUCGAAAACUAACUCUUUCAAAAGGUAUCGUUCUAAAAUAAUCAAUGGCAGAAAAUUGAUAAUUGAAAUGGAAUCAUCCAGUGAAAACGGAACAUUAGUUGAAUAUGAAGAAUUUGAAAAUUACUCUCAAGUAAGAAGGGUUAAAGAAAUUAUAGUUGAAACACGACAUUAUUAUGAUGAUACACCUCAAAUAAUCACAUUUAAUGAAUCUGCUAAAAAAAGAGUUGCCAAAAUUACAAACCUUUUCAAAGAUGGUACUUUUGAGAUGUAUUCUAAAUAUAUAUUAGAUGCUAAUUCGAAAAGAACCUAUACAGGAACUGAAAAAAAAUAUUGGAAAUCAGAUGAAUAUCGUCCUUUAAAAAAGAACAAAGGUAUUCAAGAUGGACUGCAAAAGACAACGACGGUAAAGACUGAAGUAAGAAAUUUUAGUGGUGUUAGGCAAAGUCAUGCCUUUUGUGAUCAGAUGGGUUCAGGUGUUACAUAUUCAAGACCCAGAUAUAACAAAAAAAACUUGAAUCCUGCAAAUAGUUUUAUUACAAGUGAAUAUAAAUAA